CGUUGUGGCCGCAUUGAAACCCAGCUCUCCGCCGCAAACUGGGUGUGUGUGUUUCGUUUCUUGAUUUUCUUUGCUUUCUUACAUUUACUUACUUUUCAUAUGCUUUUGGCAUACAAAUGAAGAAAUAUGAGUGCGCGUUUUUAAACUUAAAAUGUUGUUGAAGAACAGCAGCAGCAGUCAACUGCAACAGUGUAAAGCAUGCAUAGCGGGCGUUAAAAGGACACUAACAACUACUACAAGAACAACAGCAGCAACAACAGCAACAAAAAUAAGACGAAGUAAAAUCAAGAGUCGCACUCAAGUCAACCCCAACCACACCCUCCUCCUCCUCCUCCACAUCCACAUCCACAUCCACGCACACGCCGUCAACAUCGUUGCCUUCCUCUGUGACGUUGUCGUCGCCCUCAGCCUUAGCCUCCGCCUCAUCAGCGACGUCGUCGUUGUCGUCGUCAUAAUCAUUACCCGAGUUAUCUGUGCUGCGUCCAAAUAAUAUUACAUAUAGCCGUAACUGUAACUGAAGUAUCCAAUAGUGCAGCUAUAAGCGAGCGCAAAUUCCAAAUCUCGUGCAGCUUUAAAUGAAAUAUUAAUACAUGUCAUCAUUCGUUGGCAAGUUUGUGCAUAUCGUUUUUACGCCAAAGUCACCGAGGUGCAAGAGUGUGAGAAAAGUCAACUUGUAGAUAAAUAUAUAAAAAUAUAUCCAGCAAAAAGCCAAUAGCUGGGUAGCAACGAACCACGUACAAAAACAUAAAGUUAAACGCACAAUCAUAAAAAAUACACACUCUACAAAAAAAAGUUAAAGCAAAAACAAAAAAAAAAACCUGGCUACCAAGUCCUUUGAAGCUUUGCAGUGUUUUCAGCGCUUUUUCGCUGCACUUCAAAUUCAUAACUUUGUAAAUACGCACCUAAAGACAUAACUGUACUUAAAAAUACAUAACUACAUAUGUACUUGCAUACGUAAAUAGAUUUGUAACAUAUCCGUCGUCGGUUACAAGUGCACAUUGCUGCAACGCCAGUUACAGUUAUAGUAGUGUUUAAGUCGUUUGCGUUAGCGUACAAGGAAGUCCGUGUUGUCGCCUACCUAUGCACGUGUGUUUGUAGUCUCAGUAAUUGUGUACUUGCUUGUGUGCGUAUUUAGUGUGCAGUACGUAACAGCAACGACAAUUUUCCUCAAAAUGCGUCUACAAUAUCGCAACAAAAAAGCGACGCUGUGGGUGAUGCUCGCCGUCGUCGUUGUCACUAUGUUCCUCUUCAAAUUCACCGAAUUCGCGCCAACUUGUUUCUUCAAGAACGACGUCACGGCGCCGGAUGGAUCGCUGAUGGUGCACGAAGAGAAAUAUCUUAUGGCCGAAGAUCAAAAAACUUAUUCAUAUGGCCGCGAAAUGCCACUAAUAUUUAUUGGCGGUGUUCCCAGAUCAGGAACGACGCUGAUGCGCGCCAUGUUGGAUGCACAUCCGGAUGUGAGGUGAGUGACCCAUAAAUCAU